AUGUCUCACCAUGCAUACACCGGCUCAGGCCCCUACUGCUACGCCAACUCGUUUGCCAUGAUGAUGGGCCCAGCAGCCCCGUCCACAGCUGUCAUUGAAUUCGCCACCUGCAGUCCCUUUGGGAUGCAGUUUAUAGAAAAAAACAUUAUCUUCUUCGACCCCUUUGGCUGGGAUCCUCUCAAAUCCUUUGAGGACAUGCUCGAGGCCGCAGGGUGGACUUCCAAGCUCACUGUUGGCAAGGACGCAGAUGACGCCCUCGCUUCUCUGAAGAAGGAGCUUGAAAAUGGCCCUGUGUUUGUUGGACCAGUCGAGAUGGGAUAUCUGUGCUACCAACCCGGCAACAACGGACCCAUUGGCGCAGAUCACUACGUCGUUGUGCUGGGCAUCCAAGACGACAUGGUGGACUUGCACGAUCCCCAUGGCUUCCCGUAUGCGUCUAUUCCUGUGUCCGAGUUUCUGACGGCGUGGAGGACGGAUUCCCUCGGCUACGGCACGUCGUACAUGAUGCGAAGUGAGUUUAAGCACGUUCAAAGCUUCACAGAAGAAGACAUUAUCAGGCGCACUUUGCCCAAUGCCCGUAGGUGGCUUGGUAUGGAGUCCGUCAAGGCAAGCGACAUGCCCCCUAGUUCGUGCGGCAACCGCAAAGCAGCGGAGAAGCUUGCCGAGAUGAUUCAGACCAAUUUCCAUCCUGGCGUGAAGAAUCCGCUCAUCUACUUUGCUGUGCGCGUCGGCGCACGUCGUCUCGCUGAUGGUACUACUUGCUUGGAGAGAGUUGGACUUGUUGAUGCUGCGGCCAUCAUGGCCAAGCAGGCCAGGCUGGUUGGUAGAUUGCAAUAUCCUCUUACCAUCGGUGAUGUGGAGAGUGCUGUUAAGAUAUUGAGUGAGCUGGCGCCGACGUAUGACGAGUUGAGAGAUGCCUUGAAGUGA